AAGAAAAUGAGCUAAUGGGAUGGGUAGCAAAGAAGACCCUGGCAAAUGUUGUCCAGCCACCGCCCCCAUCUCCAGCUUCACCAUCCAGUCCAUUCUGGGCAGCGGGCCCUCUGAGGAGCCCAGGGAGAUCGGGGCCAAGGGCGCCGCGGGCUGGGCGAACAGGAAAAGGAGUCUGUCGGUAUCCUCCGAGGAAGAGGAGGCGGAUGACGGCUGGAAACAUUCUGGCUGUUACUGCCCGGACUCGCAUGGCCCGAAGGAGUCGGGACACAAGCACCAUCAGCCCCUCACUCUAACUUGUCUCAGUAACCCAAAGACCAGCGGAGGAGCUGGCUCAGUGAGUUCUGACCGGCCGCCUUUCCUCUCUCAAGCCCAACAAGACUUUAAGGAAGAGAAGGAGAAACACUUUCACCCCGGGUCACCAUCGCCUGGAGCGGAGCGGCCGCGGGAUACCGGAGAUCGGCAGGCUGGAUCCGCCAAGAAGAAGACCCGCACGGUCUUCUCCCGAAGUCAGGUGUACCAGCUUGAGUCUACCUUCGAUAUGAAGCGCUACCUGAGCAGUUCAGAACGGGCUUGCCUUGCUUCCAGCCUACAGCUCACCGAAACGCAGGUGAAGACUUGGUUCCAGAAUCGGCGGAACAAAUGGAAGCGGCAGCUCUCUGCAGAACUGGAGGCAGCCAACAUGGCCCAUGCCUCGGCCCAGACUCUGGUGGGGAUGCCAUUGGUGUUCAGAGACAAUUCCCUCCUGCGGGUCCCCGUCCCCCGAUCGAUAGCCUUCCCGGCCCCUUUGUACUAUCCGGGGAGCAACCUGUCAGCCUUACCUCUCUAUAAUCUGUACAACAAGAUUGACUACUGACCAAACUGAACUUCAACGGACCUGAACUGCCCCUUGUAGAUAUCAAACCUUUCUCCAACCCUUUUCCUUUGUUGUUGAAACGGACUUCUGAAAUGGACGCAUUUCCCCAUUUGUAUAGGAAUGAAGGCAAUGUGCUUCUCUAAAUACUAAGAAAUACACCAUGUGUAUUAAUUAUUUCUUAUUUAUGAAUUUCCCCCUUAUUUUUGCUUGAUUAUGAUGGGGUAUUCAAGGUGCUUCUAAUGCUGGAUCGCCUGCUUUCUACCCAAUUUUCUUUUAAAAUAUUGAGGUUUUCUUUGGGAGGGAAGAAGAAACUUCCCUAGUCUGGGCAAAAAAAAAAAAAAAAAAAAAAAAGUUCACAUCUGUUUCGGCAGGUUAAAAGAAAGUUGGAAGAGAAAAACAAUUAAAGAUUUUAUCUACAUAUAUCUAUAGUCUAUAUAAAAACAUGUAUAUAGAUAUAUAGAUAUAGAUAAUGUCUCCAAGCAGGACACUUGUUGGCUUUGGCCUAUUGUAUAGUUUCUUUUUCUAGUUCCUCUCAUCCAGGGACGAGUAGGUAAGAAAAAGGAUUUCAGAUCUGUAAAUAUUUUUUAAAAAAGAAAGUGAAGACAAAUAAAACAUUUCAAACAUCGUUUGCUAACUUUGACUGGUUUGAAUCUAAAUGUCAACCUUCCUCUAAGUUGUCAAGUUCUGCUGCCUUUCACCUCAUGUCCCCCAAUUCUCCCCCGCAACUAAGGUAUUUGCGGAGGAGCUAGCUAUUUGUAUAAACAUAGGUGGAAGAGAGUGGAAGAGAGGAAGUGCGUUAAAAGUAGCAAAGCCCAUCCUUUUAUAACUAAAUCCACCCGUCGGAAAAAUGAAGGAAGAAAGGGAUUUCUAGUCUGAAAGAAGCCAGGUCUCGAGCCGUAGGGGGAGCCAGGAUGCAAAGGAUUGGGUUUCUGGACUUGUAACGUCGGCUCUGGGACUGAGAUAGUGAAAUCUCAUUUGAAUAAUAAU